GUUCCUCAUCUUCAGUUUCAGUCUGAGUUCAGUUUGUGCGUGUCGGCUGGAAGUCCUCGCAGUUUGUGUUUUACGUCAGUAUUUUAACAGAUAAGCUCGCGUGUGUGUGUCACUCGAGCACUCGCGAAGUUUAGUUUUAUUGACAGCGCCAUCUUAACUUUUUAUCCGCUCUUUCCCCGGCGUGUUUUCCUCGCUUUUCUGCAGCGUUUGGAGGAUGUUGAAGAAUAAAGGACAAACCGCUCAUCCGUUCAUCCAUGAGGUCAAUCUGACCGCUCUCCAGCGCAUUCAGGGACUCGUUUUGGGUGUGUUUCUAUUUCCUGUGCGGAUCACUCUCGCCGUUCUCUUCUUCCUGCUGAUGUGGCCCAUAGCUCGUCUGCGAUUGGCUGGUCUGCCGGAGUCGCGGCGGGCGGAGCCGGUGCGGGGCUGGCGCCGCUGGCUCUUCCACCACGUCAUGGUGUUCCUGAGCCGCGCCGUCUUCUUCUGCGUGGGCUUCCUGUGGGUCAGGGUCAAAGGUCGGCAGGCGGGGCUGAAGGAGGCACCGGUGUUAGCCGUAGCGCCGCACAGCAGCUUUCUGGAUAUGCUAGUGCUCAGUGUGACCGGGCUGCCCAUCGUCGUGUCCCGCUCCGAGAACGCCAAACUGCCUGUGAUUGGAGCUCUGUUGGAGUUUAAUCAGUCUGUGCUUGUCAGUCGAAAAGAUCCGGAAUCCAGGAAGAAGUGCGUGUCUCAGAUCUGUGAGAGAGUGACGUCUGAUGGACACUGGCCUCAGAUGCUCAUGUUUCCAGAAGGAACAACAACUAAUGGCCGAGCGCUGAUCAAAUUCAAACCUGGUGCGUUUGUGGCUGGUGUUCCUGUUCAGCCUGUGCUGCUCCACUACUGCAGUCAGCCGGACACUGUGCGCUGGACCUGGAAAGGACUGUCAUGGCUGGGCGCGCUCUGGCACACCACGUCUCAGAUCUACAGCAGCAUCACUGUGGAGUUUCUCCCGGUGUACACUCCGUCAGCAGAGGAGAAGCAGAACCCAGAGUUAUACGCAGAGAACGUGCAGAAGCUCAUGGCCAGAGCUCUCGGUGUUCCCGCCACUGAUUAUAUGAUGGAGGGAUUUCCUGUCCAAAAACUGGGAAAUCUUUCACUUCCUCUCGAACCUCCAGCUCAGGAAACACUCCGACUGCUCCACCAGCAGGGUUUCUCCAAGUCUCGUGUGGAGUCAGUGAUGAAGGACAUGAUUGACAGCUGUCACUCAGGCGAGAUCACCAUGGUAACGGCUGAUCAGCUGACCACAGUGCUGGGGCUGGAGGAGAAGCAGACGGCGGCGAAGAUCUGCUCGCUUUACUCAAAGGAUGAUAUGGUGGAUCUGCGGCAGAUCUGUCUGAGUGUUUCUGCUGUUUCUGGAUUCUGGAGUCUGGAGUCGCUCAUACACACUGCCUUUAUGUGGUUUGACACGGAUGCGGACGGUCAGCUGAGUGCAGAGGAUCUGUCCAGCCUGAUGGGGGCGCUGCUGGGAAUCCCUCAGAGAAGCAUCACAGAGAUGUACAGUGCUCUGACCAGCAGGGGGCAGCCUACUGAAGCUUCUCUCCGAGACAUAUUGUUGACUCAUCCGACGUACCGGAAGGUAAUAACGGAGUAUCUGCACUUCAGCGGACUCGAGGACGGAAAUCACAACGGACUUCCCAAUGGAAAAACCAACGGCAAUAAUAAUGGCAUUUACCACGGUUACAGAACGACCAAUCGGAAAACAGAUUGAAGACAUGUGACUUAUUACUGUAUCGCAACACUGGGAUGAACAUCCGCGAAUGAACAUCUUAAAUAAUGAAACGACAUGAGAGUGUGAAGGCUGACGUUUACGAGAGCGAAGACUUUAGGUUUCUUGUUUUUAAAUGUAAAUCUUGGCGCUGGGGAAAAUACUGUGAGGAUAUGCCACUAAAUAAUCGUGCCUUUGAACAAAAGCUUCUAUAUGUGUUUUAUAAUGACUCCUGAAGGAUCUGUACGUGUAUUUAUAAUUGUAUAUUUUGUCAUUUUUAAGCUGUAUAUGAUGGGGGGGGGGGCACAGACUGUUGAAGAUUUCUGCCGAUGUGUCAUAUUUUAUACUUUAAUAUAUUAAAUCUCUUAAAUAAA